AUGGAUAUUGAUCUUGAAGACAGUGCUGAGGAGUUGAUAGUUGGUCUUGAUACCUUGAAGCUUGUUCCUAAUAAGAUCCCCACACCACCACCUAAGAAACAAUCUGCCAUUAGUACUCCAACAAGGACGCCUCUAAGGAUCCUUAAGAACCUCCGUGUCUGUG